AUGGACGCCUCCCAAAAGAUUGAUCACUACGCUGCCAGGCUUUCGGAUCCUAAGACAGGCAAGUCCUCCUCUCAGUCACACUUGUCCACUGAUCUACGCGAUUCCAUCGAGACCCUGUGCUCUCCGCCAGCGUUGUUCACAAAAUUCCUGUCCAAACUAUGGCCUGUGUUCAAGAAGAUUCUCGAAGGCAAACCAGACUUCAAUCCUUUCUCCUUCGAACAUAUUUUACGAAAUCAGAUCCUCGAGAUCCUCUACAGACUCCAGCAUGGCCCGCCUGAAGUCGAACCUUAUGCGCUGGACAUGGUUGACACAUUGAUGGAGCUGGUGCGAGUCGAAAACGAGGACAACGCAGUUCUUUGCUUGAAGACAAUCAUGGAUCUGGAGCGUCACCAGCAGCAGGCGACGGCCUCCAAAGUCCAGCCGUUCCUUGAUCUGAUUCAAGAAAUGUUUGAAAUGAUGGAUCAGGUUGUUCGUGACACCUUCGACUCCCCUGCGCCUCAUUCCCAGGGAUCUUCCUCUACGCCUAUUCCCCCUGGCCAGAACUUACAAUCACCGAGACCUGGAUCUCCGGCAACAACUGUAUCUGACCCAGGUGCUGAGAAAAGGGAGCAACAUCCGUUGGUGAAGGGUAUGCAGUCCUUUAAAGUUCUUUCAGAGUGUCCCAUUAUCGUGGUUUCCAUAUUCCAGGCGCACCGAAAUUCCGUCCCGGCCAAUGUCAAGAAGUUUGUGCCAUCGAUAAAGGGAAUACUCCUACUACAGGCGAAACCACAGGAAAGAGCACAUGCCGAAGCUGCCGCAAACAAGACAAUAUUCACGGGGGUUAGCAGAGAGAUCAAGAACAGAAAUGCCUUCGGGGAUUUUAUCACCGCCCAGGUGAAGACCAUGAGUUUCCUGGCAUACCUGCUGAGGGUCUACGCAAAUCAAUUAACUGAUUUCCUGCCCUCUCUUCCCGCAAUCGUGGUUCGCCUGCUUAAGGACUGCCCACGCGAGAAGUCGGGAGCCCGGAAGGAGCUACUUGUUGCGAUCCGUCACAUCAUCAACUUCAACUAUAGGAAAGUCUUUUUGAACAAGAUUGACGAGCUGUUGGACGAACGUAUCCUAAUUGGCAACGGACUCACGGUGUACGAGACGAUGCGACCUUUGGCGUAUAGCAUGCUUGCCGAUCUUAUUCAUCAUGUCCGAGAUUCACUCGAUCGCAAUCAGAUCCGCAAAACGAUCGAGGUCUACACGAAGAAUCUCCAUGACAACUUCCCUGGCACGAGCUUUCAGACUAUGAGCGCUAAGUUGCUUCUCAAUAUGGCUGAAAGCAUCACCAAAUUGGAGAACAAGGAAGAUGCGCGGUACUUCCUCAUAAUGAUCCUCGAUGCAAUAGGCGACAAAUUUGCCGCAAUGAACUACCAGUAUAACAAUGCCGUCAAGCUGAGCAAGCAAUACAUCGAAAAAGCCAAGGACACACAGCCCGAAUCCUAUAUGGACGACAAGAACGAAGUUCCAGACUGGGACGAGGUAGACAUUUUCAACGCUACACCUAUCAAAACAUCCAAUCCCCGUGAUCGCGGUGCUGAGCCUGUCGUCGAUAACAAGUUCUUGUUCAAGAACCUUGUCAACGGGCUCAAGAACAUGUUCUACCAACUCAAGACUUGCAACCCUCCUGGGCUCAAUGUCGAUCAAGCGAGUGUACCUAUGAACUGGGCUGAAGUUUCUUUUGGUUACAACGCUGAGGAGACACGUGUGAUCACCAAGCUUUUUCACGAAGGUGCUCGGGUGUUUCGUUACUACAGUGCCGAAGCUCCAACGCCUGAUCUGCAAUACUCAUCCCCUGUCGACUUUAUGGCAAGCCAUUCCAUGGCGCAAAUGACUCGUGAGGAAAAGGAGUUGCUGGAGAGCUUCGGGACGGUGUUCCAUUGUAUUGACCCUGCGACAUUCCAUGAGGUGUUCCAGGCUGAGAUUCCUUAUUUGCACGAUCUGAUGUUCGAACACACAGCAUUGCUUCACCUACCGCAAUUUUUCCUGGCCAGUGAAGCAACUUCUCCCGCAUUUGCAGGGAUGGUGUUGCAGUAUCUCAUGGACAAACUUCCCGAGGUCGGUUCUUCCGACAUAGUCCGUUCGUCGAUACUUUUACGGAUGUUCAAGUUAUCCUUCAUGGCGGUUACGCUAUUUUCAACGCAUAAUGAACAAGUCCUCCUGCCUCAUAUCACCAAGAUUAUCACACAAUGUGUACAGCUGAGUGUCACAGCUGAAAAGCCCAUCCAUUACUUCAUCCUGUUGCGCUCCCUCUUCAGGAGUAUUGGUGGUGGCCGAUUCGAACUUUUGUACAAGGAGAUUCUUCCGCUGCUGGAAAUGCUGUUAGAAACUUUCAAUCACCUGCUCCAGGGUGCAAGAGAUCCUCAUGACAGGGACUUGUACGUCGAGCUCACGCUGACCGUACCUGCUAGACUCAGUCACUUGUUACCGCAUCUCAAUCAUCUGAUGAGGCCCCUUGUUGUUGCACUUCGGGCUGGACCCGAUCUUGUUGGCCAGGGGUUACGUACUCUCGAGCUCUGUGUUGAUAAUCUCACCGCAGAUUACCUAGAUCCCAUCAUGGCGCCGAUCAUGGAUGAAUUGAUGGCGGCGUUGUUUGAGCACCUCCAGCCACAGCCCUACCAGCACUUCCAUUCUCAUACCACUAUGAGAAUACUUGGAAAACUCGGCGGCCGAAACAGGAAGUUUUUGAACCAUCCUCAUGAGCUUGCUUACCGACGGUAUACCGACGACGAGCCUAGCUUCGAUAUCAGACUUAUCGAGACUAGCCGUGAUCGCGCGUUUCCUCUCGACACUGGGGUUGACCUCGCCAUCCGAAGACUGAGCGACACUGCCAAGAAUCCGUCAAAGAAAUCUGUGGAUCUUUAUUACAAGCAGCAAUCGUUCAAGCUGAUCGUGAAUCAGGUUAAGCUUUUGAUUGGAUUCGAUAAUCUUCCUGACGACUUUGCGGCCUUGCUUCGGCUUCAAGCCAAUGACCUUGUCUCUCGACGCUUCUCCACAUAUGCUGAUAUGCUGGCGGAUAAUGAGCUUGGCAAAUCGGUCCAGAAACGCAGAGAACAAGAAGAGAGCCUCAAAAAGUUACUCAAGGCUUGUUUCGCUGCUACAACCAUACCCGACUUGAAGUCUCAAGCCGAAUCUUUCAUCACAAACGUGUCUCGACACUUCACAAUCGUCGAGUUAGGACAAGCAUUGUGUGAUGCAGGCCGAAAGACCAAAGAGUUCGAUGUCAAUUCAGGGGAGGGCGCAGUACAUCUUAGCACUCGAACACUAGCUGAUGUGAUAUGCCACUGUCUCGCUUCGGACAAUGUCACUAUCCGGGAAGCUGCAGAGGCUUCUUUGCUUGUAAUUGUCGACACUGCUCGAACCAUAUUUGGUAGUGAGGAGCGUGCUGCGAGACUCCCAUUCUUUUCACAUCUAAUUUCGACGUUCUGUCACCGCUGUCGCGAGGUCGAAUGGUUUACCAAGGCCGGUGCAACUCUCAGCAUUCAGCUGGUGAUCACCAAACUCGCGUUGGGCAAUGCAUUCUUACACAGCAAGCAGCUUGAAAUCAUCAGGGCACUCCUUUUUGUCAUCAAGGAUACUCCGCAGGAGUUCCCCGCCAGCACACGCAUUACUGCUCAAGAAACUCUCGAGUUCAUUCUGCGAAAAGUUUGCGUUGGACAGACUCGGGAGAUGCUGGUGAAUGAGAAGAGCACUAUUCAUGCACUUUCCGUGACGUUCAGCGUUGAACUUUCGCACAUGAACAAGCAUGCCCGAGAAACUGCACAACGCGCUUUUUCGACGAUGGCCGAAGUAGUAGGUGUGGACGUCCAUGAGUUGAUUGCUCCGGUCAAAGAGAGGCUCUUGCAGCCUAUAUUCAACAAGCCACUCAGAGCGCUGCCAUUCUUAUCACAAACUGGGUUCAUUGAUGCCAUAACCUACUGCCUCGGGCUCGGCCACGAUUUUGUUCCCUUGAACGACCAGCUGAACCGCCUGAUGAUGGAGUCUCUGGCCCUUGCGGAUGCCGAUGCCGAAAUCCUGCAUCCUAAACCCGAUGAAUACAACAACGCCCAGCUCAUAGUUAAUCUGCGAGUUUCGUGUCUCAAACUCCUUUCAUUGGCGAUGAGUUUACCGGACUUUGCUACUGGGCCACAGAACACGAGUCGCGCUAGAAUCAUCACUGUGUUCUUCAAGCUGCUGUACUCGAAAUCUCCCGAAAUCAUCGAUGCUGCCAAUGCGGGAUUGGAAAAGGUCCUUGUUCAGACCGCCAAAUUGCCUAAGGAUCUUUUGCAGAACGGUUUAAGACCCAUUUUGAUGAAUUUACAAGAUUCGAAGCGACUUACUGUUGCUGGCCUCGAAGGCCUCGCUCGUUUGUUGACCUUGUUGACGAACUACUUCAAAGUCGAAAUAGGUGCACGACUUCUCGAACACAUGAAGGUCAUCGCAGAAGAGCAGCUCCUCCAAAAGGUUUCAUUUGGUUUGAUUGAACAGAACCCGCAGAUGAAGAUUGUGACUGCAAUCUUCAAUAUUUUUCAUCUUCUUCCCUCGGCUGCUACGAGCUUCAUGGCGGAUCUCGUGGACAGCGUCCUAGAUCUAGAGUCAAAGCUGCGCCGCACUGUGGCUAGUCCGUUUCGCCAGCCUCUCAUUCUUUACCUGGACAAAUAUCCGCAAGAGACAUGGGCCUUCUUCUCGUCACGCUUACAGGAAGAGAAGUAUGGAAGAUUUUUCGGGCAGAUCUUAGCCUCCGACUUGAGUGCCAAUCUACGCAAGUUUGUCAUGACCGAAUCCGAAGCCUUGACCAAGGCCGCCUUCGAGACUGAAGAGGGCCAGGACGGAAAUACGGCAGCAAUCAAUGGUAUCUACGUGAUCCACUCAAUCUGCUCUUUUGACGCUGCUAAAGACUGGUUGCGCGAACAGCCCCAGCUUCGUGCGAAAGUGCUAUCAGCAGGUCGAGAGCUAGAGGGUCAACUACGCGCGGACACCUUGCAACCUCAACAGCGACUGCGAGUCGAACAAACAGGUGAUCGUGUAAUGGACAUUCUGACUUCCUAUCUCUCGUCCGCGCCUGAAGAUCUCGACUUCAUGAUGGAAGUCUUUUCUGCGUCUGCUCAAGGAGAGAUCAAGACUCCGCUCAAGUUAACGCAGUAUCUGUUUGGUUCCGUUAUUACAGAUGAUUCGACACAGCGACGGUUCAAUGUCAUUGACAGAUGCCUUGAAGUUUACGCACAAAAAGGAAUAUCGCAGAAAGUUAAAACAUUCCUCCUGCACAAUGUCGUUAAUCCGAUUAUGGCGAGAGACCUCCAGAAUACUCGGCGUGAGAACAAUCAAGCCGGCAGCCUCAGCGACGCCAAACUGUUCAGUUUAAUUUCCGACCGUCUGUGGAAGCCUUUAGCUCUUGACAGCGAGGAUUCAUCGCAACCAGGCAUUGAUCACUCUCGAAUGGAAGCACUGCAACUUUCUGCUUUCAUUCUGAAGUAUCACAAGGACGCAGUGUCUGAAGAUCGUAAGGACAUCAUCAAAUACACCUGGGGACAUAUCAAACUGGAAGACGUGAUCAACAAAUAUGCGGCAUACGUGCUCAUUUGCUAUUUCAUUCGUGCCUACGAUACGCCUCCAAGAAUUGCUGUGCAAGUCUACAAUCAGCUGCUGAAAGCCCACCAGAACGAAGGCAAAGCGUUGGUGACACAGGCACUGGAAGUUCUCGCACCGGUGCUGCCUGUCAGGAUGGGAGCAAACGCGCCCGGUGACAAUAGAGCUCCUCAUUGGGCGCGCCUUCCAAGGAAGAUCUUGAAUGAAGAAACCGGCAACCUGCAGCAAGUUCAGAGCAUUUUCAAUUUUAUCGUCCGCCAGCCCGACCUCUUCUACGAAUCACGAGAAUUUUUCAUCCCCACGAUCGUUCAAAUGUUGCAUAAGAUCGCUCCGCCUCCGAAUCCGUCAAAUGAGAACAAAAAGCUCGCGUUGUCUCUUAUUGGCUUGAUCCAUCAGUGGGAGUCCAGGCGAAUUUCUGAGGGCUCUUCAGUGCAGUCCAAUGCUGAGUUGACACCAUCACGAAAGCGAGACUCUUCAGGCACUCCCAACCUGGCACCGCCUUCGACCGCUGAGAGACCUGAGUAUUUAAUCCCAAUAGAACUUCGCACUCUUGUUGUGAAAUACAUGAUUACGUUCAUCACAUCCUUACUCGAAAGGUAUCCUGUACCUGCGGCGGAACUCAAGGCUAAAACAAUGCAAAAAGCUCAGCAACAGCCUCUACCGAACGAGAUGUGCAAGAAGGCCGUCCAACUACUUCGAGACCUUCUGGCUCCCAAUCUUUGGGCAGACGUCGAUGUUGGCCUCUACGAAAAGCUUCUUGAUCCAAUCCUGAGCGGUGAAAAGGCUGACAAGGCAGAUGAGAAGCAAUUGACUUGCAUGAUCAACACAUUACAGGUCAUGCGCAUCUUAUUGGGCACGAAGACAGACGAAUGGAUCGUCAACCACAUGGAAAAGAUCCAGAAUCUCCUCGAGAAGCCUCUUAAAAUGGACGAUCCAGAGAUCCAAGAUUGCUUACACUUUGUCACUGAUGACGACAAAACACUUCCCUUAGUACGUCGAGUUCUGGAAGCAAUCCCCAAACAACGAAACGAGGAUGAAGACACGAUGGAAUUGGAUUCCAACCCAACUGAUUUCCCUACACGUUAUUCAAAAGUGCUCAUUGGAGAAGCUCUAUCAUCCGGCAACUAUACAUCAGCCAUCAACAACUUAUGGACACUUUCAGUGGUGCGACCUGCUGAAGUUGAUGAUCACAUCGCUGGUGCUAUGAAAGCGUUGCAGCAAAAGCUUGCGAAGGACCAUAUCAACGCCUAUAUCAUACCACCAGGACCACCGCCGCCGGGUUGGCGCAUGGGUGAACCGCUCAUGGAUCCUUACGAGUUCGCCCUUGGUGUGGAUCUGAUCAAGAAGACCAUCGAUAUUCUCUCCUCGCGCAUGGGAGAACUUAACGAACAGAGACGGCCAUUUUUAAGUGUGCUUGCUUCGCUUGUUGAGAAGUCCUUCAACGUUGAAAUGUGUGGAAAGGUCUUGGAUAUGGUCGAGAAAUGGGUGUUCAACUCGAGCGAGCCUUGGCCAACAUUGAAGGAAAAGACUGCUGUACUUCACAAAAUGCUGAUCUUUGAGAAGUGGCAGAAUCAGACUCUUCUUGAGCGCUUCCUCGAACUGGUGAUCAAGAUUUAUGAAGAUCCAACGGUAACGAGAACAGAAUUGACUGUCCGUUUGGAGCAUGCUUUCCUCAUUGGAACACGGGCGACAGAUGUGGAUAUGCGCAACCGAUUCAUGAACAUCUUCAACCGGGCAUUGUCCAGGACGGCCAGCUAUCGGUUGAACUACGUGUUGACUCUGCAAAAUUGGGACACCUUGGCGGACUCGUUUUGGUUGAAGCAAGCUUCACAUCUGAUCAUGGGCUCUGUGGAGAUGUCAAUGCCUGCACGACUUCAUCCCGAGGAUAUUCGUGUGUGUCCUCUGUCCAGUCUGUUCAGUCCGAGCCUGGUAAAUCCAGAACAAGGCAAAGACGAUCUACUGAUUGAAGAUAGUCUGGAAGCUCUCGUUCUGGCGCAACGUCGUUUCAACCAAGACAUUCAAGAAGUCAAAGUUCGUGAUCUCCUUGAUCCGAUCACCCAGCUUCAACACACGGAUGACAAUGUGGCUUAUGACGUCUGGGUCAAACUCUUUCCGCUGUGCUGGUCCGCACUGAACAGAGACGAGCGCCUUGACCUGGAGAAGGGGAUGGUCACACUUCUCACUAGGGAGUACCACCAAAGACAGCUCAAUCUACGUCCCAAUGUGGUGCAGGCGCUGCUUGAAGGUGCUGUCAGGGCAAAACCGAGGUUUAAGGUACCCCCGCACGUCCUCAAAUUUCUCAGCAGAACAUAUGAUGCUUGGUAUACUGCGCUGGUCUCUCUGGAAGAGUCUACCGUGGAUCCUCUUAUUGAUACACCUCAGGUUCGGGAAAGUAAUCUGGAUGCCUUGAUCGAGGUCUACGCUGGUCUUCAAGAAGAUGACCUAUUCUAUGGUACCUGGCGACGUAGGUGCAAGUUCAUGGAAACCAACGCAGCCUUGUCUUACGAACAACAUGGCAUGUGGGAAAAGGCGCAACAACUUUGGGAGGCUGCCCAAGUCAAAGCAAGAACCGGUGUUGUUCCCUUCUCCCAAGGAGAGUAUUACUUGUGGGAGGACCAUUGGAUGAUUUGUGCGCAAAAGCUACAACAAUGGGACAUACUUGGGGAAUUCGCGAAACAUGAGAAUUUCAGCGAUCUCCUAUUGGAAUCUGCUUGGAGGAACUACGAAGCUUGGGCUGGAGACGAAAAUCGCAAUCAGCUGGACUCAAUGAUCAAGUCCGUGUCAGAUGCCCCAACUCCAAGGCGUACAUUUUUCCAAGCGUUCAUGGCUUUGCUGCGGUACAACUCUAAGCAAGUCUCCCGCGCCGAGUUCCAGCACGUUUGUGAUGAAGCAAUUCAACUGUCCAUCCGCAAGUGGCACCAGCUCCCGAGGCGGCUCACAGGCGCCCACAUACCUAUACUCCAGAAUUUCCAGCAACUGGUAGAACUUCACGAUGCGAGUGUUAUCUGCGAUAGCUUGAUGUCAACCAACGAACGGAACCUGGAUAACAAAUCACAAGAAGUCAAGCUCCUGUUGCAGGCGUGGAGAGAUCGAUUACCAAACAUUUGGGACGACAUCAACGCAUGGCAAGAUCUCGUCACGUGGCGGCAGCAUGUGUUUCAACUUGUGAAUUCGACAUAUCUCCCACUUCUGCCCCAAGGCGGUAACAACGUCGGAAACAACUCGUAUGCAUUCCGGGGCUACCACGAGACUGCUUGGAUAAUUAACAAGUUCGCACAUGUUGCACGAAAACACCAGAUGCCAGAUGUCUGCAUCAACCAACUAGGCAAGAUAUACACUCUGCCUAACAUCGAAAUCCAGGAGGCGUUCCUCAAACUCAGGGAACAGGCAAAAUGUCAUUACCAGAACAAGAGCGAAUUGAACAACGGUUUGGACGUUAUUAACAAUACCAACCUUAACUAUUUUGGUGCUCAACAAAAAGCCGAGUUCUACACGCUCAAAGGUAUGUUCCUGGCCAAGCUUCAACAUGCGGAAGAGGCAAAUGAGGCCUUCGGCGUAGCUUUGUAUUACGAUCUGCGUCUGCCAAAGGCAUGGGCGGAAUGGGGUCAGUACUCUGAUCGCAAAUUCAAAGAGAACCCUAGCCUCAUCGAGGCUGCGAGCAACGCUGUCAGUUGCUAUCUCGAAGCUGCCGGUCUCUACAAGAGUGCAAAGUCACGGAAGAUGCUUAGUCGGGUGCUAUGGUUGCUUAGUCUCGAUGACGAAGAAGGCCACAUUGCUAAAGCAUUCGAAGACUUCAAAGGCGAGACUCCAGUAUGGUAUUGGACUACUUUUGUCCCUCAGCUGCUUGGUAGUCUGGAGCAUAAGGAAGCGCGUCUUGCGAAAUCAGUGUUGGUGAAGAUUGCCAAAGCGUUUCCGCAGGCACUUUUCUACAAUUUGCGUGCCACAAGAGAGGAGUUCUUGACCAAAAAGAAGCAAUUCGAGGCUCAGAAGCGACAACAAAAAGCUAUCCAAGACAAGCUCGAAAAAUCGGAGAACGGCUCCCGGCCAGGAACUGCAAAUGGUGAAACCGCAACCCAAGAAUCAGCAUCUCCAAAGCCGAAGCAAGAGCCUAAUGGCGAUGCGCAGGCCAGUGGGGCUGUGAAUGGUGUGGCCGAAGCUGAGACUAAAGAAGAGCCCAAGAAACCAUGGGAUCACACAGACGAAAUUAUGGCAGGCUUGAAGACUGCUUUCCCAUUACUUGCUCUAUCUAUGGAGACCAUGACCGACCAGCUAUCAAAGCACUUCAAGUGCCCGCCGGAUGAGGAUGCGCAUCGACUUAUCGUAGCGCUUCUCAACGACGGUUUGGCAUACAUCAGCAGGGCUCCGAUCACCUACGCUGAGGGUGCCAAAUUGCCACCUUCCACAGAAGCAAAUAUUGCACGUUUCGUCACUUCUGUUCUUCCCGCCCACAUCCGCAAGUCGUUCGAAGCCGAUUUCGUGCAGACCAAGCCAACAAUGUACGAGUACAUCCACAAGCUGAGACGGUGGAGGGACAAGUUUGAACAGAAACUCGACCACCGUCAACAAUGGGCAGCCCUUGAGGCCUAUAGUCAUCAUUUGAGCGAGUUCAAGUUUCUCAAAUUCGACGAUUCGGUCGAGGUGCCUGGUCAAUAUCAGCAGCACAAAGACAAAAACACUGACUUUGUUCGCAUCGAGCGCUUCAUGCCUACAGUUGAGCUGGUUCGAGGUAAUAGUAUCUGCCAUCGACGACUCACGAUUCGUGGCCAUGACGGCUCGUUGCAUCCAUUUGCUGUGCAGCACCCCACCGGUGGCAAAGUUCGAAGAGAAGAACGCAUUGUCCAGCUCUUCCGCAUCUUUAAUCAGACGCUGGCCAAGCGCAAGGAAUCUCGCCGGCGAAAUCUGUAUUUCCAUCUGCCGAUAUUUGUGCCCAUCGCACCCUAUAUCCGGCUUGUUCAGGACGAUGCUUCAUAUGUGACCUUGCAGUCUGUCUAUGAGGACUAUGUUCGCAAGGCCCCAGGCAUGUCACGAGACGACCCGAUGUUGUUCCUGCUCGAAAAGUCGCGAACGAUUGCCGAACAACAAAAGACUCAGCCAAGAACUCACGAUCAAGUGGCUGUGAUGAAGACAGAAAUCUUCAACACCAUCCAAGAGCGAUGGGUGCCGAAUACCAUUGCGCUACGAUACUUCCAGGACAUUUAUCCUAGCUUCGCAGACCUCUGGCUUUUCCGACGACAGUUCGCAUAUCAAUUUGCUGCUACGACCUUCAUGACCUACAUCAUGCAUAUGUCGGCACGGUACCCGAUGAAGUUCUCCAUCUCUCGGUCGACAGGCGACAUCUGGGCGAGCGACUUGCUCCCUAACCUGAACUCGGCACGAGCGUACUUUUACAACCCUGAAGCCGUGCCAUUCAGGCUUAGUCCCAACAUUCAGACACUCAUGGGCCCAUUGGCGGUCGAAGGCAUCUUCACCGCUUCCCUCAUGGCCAUUGCUCGAUGUCUGGCCGAGCAGGACCAAGGAUAUGAAAUGGAACAGCAAUUAAGCAUCUUUGUUCGGGAUGAAAUGUACAACUGGGCUGCUGGGCGGUCGAAUAGUUCGAACGACACCAAGAUGGAAGGACAACACCUGCGGGAACUUGUGGCUCAGAAUGCCGAGUUCAUCGUCCGCCGGGCUCUUGCACUGUCAAAGACACAGGGAACUGUGGGUGCUGCAGGAGGCGAAGGUGCUGGCGUUACAGGAGUCUUGCCUGCUUGUCAGAACGUGGUCGACCUUGUGAGCCGAGCCACUGAUCCGAUGAAGCUCAGUUCCAUGGAUGGGUUAUGGAUGCCCUGGCUUUGA